AUGUGGACUAGUGUAGAGUCCUGGUCUUACUUCUACUCGGUCAACCCAAUGACAUGGGAUGAUGCACGAAGCUGGUGCCAGGAGCACUACACAGACAUGGUGGCCAUCCAGAACCAGGAGGAGCUUGAGCAUCUUAAUAGCUGGCUGCCCAAGAAAAACGGCUACUACUGGAUUGGGAUUCGUAGGGUUAAUAAUGUCUGGACCUGGGUAGGAACCAACAAGCCUCUGACUAAAGAAGCAACCAACUGGGCAAAAGGAGAACCGAACAAUAACGAGGGUGACAAAAAUACAGGCAUGCAUGAGGAUUGUGUGGAGAUGUACAUUAAAAGGGAUAAAGAACCAGGCAAGUGGAAUGACGAGAGAUGUGUUAAAAGAAAGACUGCUCUGUGCUACACAGCGGCUUGUAAGAUUGACUCCUGUUUCCAUGGAGAGUGUGUUGAAACCAUCAACAGCCACAAAUGUGAUUGCUUUGAAGGUUUUUUUGGAAACAAGUGUGACCAAGUUGUGCAGUGUAACAAAGGUGAAGUGAUUGUUCCAGAUAAAGGACAUGUAAAUUGCUCUCACAAGCAUGGCAGCUUCACCUAUGACUCCUUGUGUCAGUAUUCCUGUGAGGAAGGAUACAAGCUGAGUGUGCCAGGACCUUUGAGUUGUACUUCCUUAGGAAAAUGGUCAGAAAAACCCCCUACAUGUGAAAUGAUUCAGUGUGAGAAGAUGUCAGAGCCUACACAUGGAUCCAUGAAAUGCUCCGAUCCUCUGGGCUCAUUCAGCUAUCAGUCCACCUGUACUUUUACCUGUGAUGAAGGUUAUGUACUGUCUGGAUCUCCAUCUCUGAAAUGUGAAUCAUCAGGAAAUUGGAAUGCAUCCCAGCCAUACUGUGUUGCUGUCCAGUGCCCUGCUCUGCAAAACUUGACAAAUGGCUUUGUCAGCUGUGGAGAAGAUGCUGAUAUGAGGUUCAGCUACAAAAACACCUGCAGCUUCAGUUGUGACCAAGGUUACCAUUUAGUGGGAGCCAGUAGAGUGACCUGCACAUCAGGAGGUACAUGGAAUCAGCAGAUUCCUCACUGUGAAGCCAUCCUUUGCCAGAAUCCAGAGAGAGAAGCUCCCCUCAUCAUGCAGUGCAGUGAAUCUGUGACCGAACUGCGACCAAACUCCACCUGCAGCUUCAGCUGUGAAGAAGGUUUUGAACUGCAGGGAGCAAACACCAUCAAGUGUUCUGAGGACGGACAGUGGAAUAAAAUCAUACCUACAUGCAAAGCAAAAGGAUGUCCUGCUCCAGAGGUCCCAACAAAUGGUCAGAUAAGCUGCAGCCCUUCUCUGUCUUCAUUUCUUAGUCAUGAGACACCCCAUCCACUUGGCAUGCUUUGUAAUUUUACAUGUGAUGAAGGACAUGAGCUGCAAGGUGCACACAGCAUGGAGUGUACACAUCCAGGCCAAUGGACCUCCAAAUCACCAACCUGCACAGCUGUUCGAUGCCCGUUGCUUGAGGCUCCUGAAAACGGUCACAUCAGUUGCUCCAGCACUGAGUCAGUUUACAACUCUCAGUGCUCCUUCACCUGUGACCAAGACUACUCAUUAGAAGGACCUGAGCUGCUGACAUGUGAUCAUCAUGGCAACUGGACUGGAGAGAAACCCACCUGUCAAGCCAUCCUUUGCCAGAAUCCAGAGAGAGAAGCUCCCCUCAUCAUGCAGUGCAGUGAAUCUGUGACUGAACUGCGACCAAACUCCACCUGCAGCUUCAGCUGUGAAGAAGGUUUUGAACUGCAGGGAGCAAACACCAUCAAGUGUUCUGAGGACGGACAGUGGAAUAAAAUCAUACCUACAUGCAAAGCUGUUACAUGUUUGUUGCUUGAGGCUCCUGAAAACGGUCACAUCAGUUGCUCCAGCACUGAAUCAGUUUACAACUCUCAGUGCUCCUUCACCUGUGACCAAGACUACUCAUUAGAAGGACCUGAGCUGCUGACAUGUGAUCAUCAUGGCAACUGGACUGGAGAGAAACCCACCUGUCAAGCCAUCCUUUGCCAGAAUCCAGAGAGAGAAGCGCCCCUCAUCAUGCAGUGCAGUGAAUCUGUGACUGAACUGCGACCAAACUCCACCUGCAGCUUCAGCUGUGAAGAAGGUUUUGAACUGCAGGGUGCAAACACCAUCAAGUGUUCUGAGGACGGACAGUGGAAUAAAAUCAUACCUACAUGCAAAGCUGUUACAUGUUUGUUGCUUGAGGCUCCUGAAAACGGUCACAUCAGUUGCUCCAGUACUGAAUCAGUUUACAACUCUCAGUGCUCCUUCACCUGUGACCAAGACUACUCAUUAGAAGGACAUGAGCUGCUGACAUGUGAUCAUCAUGGCAACUGGACUGGAGAGAAACCCACCUGUCAAGAUCCUGCUCCAGUUGCAGCUGUUACUGCUGGUGUUGCCACAGGAGGGAUUGCCUUCCUAUCUGGUGUGCCUAUGGCUAUGUGGAUCUUUAAAAAACUGAAGAAAUCAAACAAGCUUGAACAGAUGUCAGUUGAUGUAAGACAAAACUCGCAUUGUAACGCACUAAUAGCUACGCUGAUUGUGUUUGCUGUAGACUUGAGUAGUAGGAGAGGAGGUGCGCAGGCAUGGACAUACAACUACAGCACUGGUGUAAACCAGAACUGGUACGAGGCUCGCAAGUGGUGCCAGAAGUACUUCACGGAUAUGGUUGCCAUUCAGAACCAAGAGGAGACUAAUUUCCUGAAUGAUCUGCUACCAUUUAAUCCAAAAUAUUAUUGGAUAGGGAUUCACAGAGUGGCUGGAUUGUGGACCUCGGUAAACACCAGUCAGAGUGUACCUGAAGAGGCUCAAAACUGGGCAUCAGCAGAGCCAGAUACCAUACCCGGUCAGGACUGUGUGGAGAUAUACAUUAAGAGGGCGAGAGACACAGCCAAGUGGAACAAUGAGAACUGCAAUAAGUUGAAAGGAGCUGUCUGCUACACUGCCUCUUGCAAACAUGAGUCUUGUAGUGCUCAUGCAGACUGUGUGGAAAGCAUUGGAAGCCACAUCUGCAAGUGCCAUCCUGGUUUCCGAGGCCUACACUGUGAAGAGGCGAUCACAUGCAAACCUUUUCCGCAUCCAGAUCAAGGCUCUCACCGCUGUUCUAAUCCCUAUGGGUCUAAUCAUUUUAACUCUUCCUGCCAUUUUCUCUGUGAAGCUGGAUUUCGGUUAAUAGGCGCGCCUCAACUGAUUUGCCAAGCCAAUGGGCUCUGGAACCACCCUGUUCCUCUGUGUCAAGUUGCACAGUGUCCGAAUUUGAAAUACACCAACUUCAGUGCGAGUAGCAUGAACUGCAACCACCCCAUCGCACCCUUCAGCUACAACUCAACCUGUGAGUUCAGUUGUGAUGAAGGCUAUGAACUGAUUGGGCAGAACCAGAUCAUCUGUGACCACACUGGCCAAUGGACAGCCACUGUUCCAGUAUGUACAGUGAGAAAAUGCUCCCCAGUUUUCUCUCCUGCUAUGGGCCACAUGACCUGCGUUGACCCUGUGGAGCCUUUCUCUUAUGGCUCAUGGUGUAACUUCACCUGCAAGGAGGGUUACUAUUUAACUGGGGACAAGGUACUCAGCUGUCUGACCUUGGGACAGUGGAGCAAGCCUACACCUACAUGUACAGUGGUACAGUGCAACAGUCUUCAGGCUCCACCUCAUGCCUAUCUGCAAUGCCAAGACCCUAUAAACAAGCACAGCUACACCUCAAUAUGCACUGUUCAGUGUGAAGAAGGAUUUGAUCUAAUUGGUACAAAUGUGACAAAAUGUUCUUCACAGGGUAACUGGAGUCAUGCACUUCCUGUUUGCCUGGCUAAGAGAUGUACUCCAAUUAGUUCUCCUUCUCAUGGCUCCAUAUCAUGUUCUGACCCAAAUGGUUCCUUCAGUUUUGGUUCUCAGUGCACAAAAACAUGUGAUGAGGGCUUUCUGCAGAAUGGGACGUCCAGCACUGAGUGCACCUCCAUGGGCAUGUGGAGUACAGACAUUCCACCUUGCUUGGCUAAGAAAUGCCCCACACUGAACUCUCCUGCUCACGGAUCCAUAAUUUGCUCUGAUCUUCAUGGAGAGUUCAGUUUUGGUUCUCGUUGCACGACAAUGUGUGAUGAAGGUUUUAUCUUAAAUGGGACUGCUGUCACUGAGUGCACGGCUAUGAGCAACUGGAGCACAGACAUCCCACAUUGCUUGGCUAAGAAAUGCCCCACACUGAACUCUCCUGCUCACGGAUCCAUAAUUUGCUCUGAUCCUCAGGGAGAGUUCAGUUUUGGUUCUCGUUGCACGACAACGUGUGAUGAAGGAUUUGUGCUGAAUGGGACAGCUGACACCGAGUGCACGGCUAUGAGCAACUGGAGUACUGACAUACCUCAAUGUCUGGCUAGACGGUGUCCCACUCUGAACUCACCCUCUCAUGGGUCCUUAGUCUGCUCUAAUCCCCACAGAGAGUACAGUUUUGGUUCUCGGUGCACAUCAACAUGUGAUGAGGGCUUUCUGCAGAAUGGGACGUCCAGCACUGAGUGCACCUCCAUGGGCAUGUGGAGUACAGACAUUCCACCUUGCUUGGCUAAGAAAUGCCCCACACUGAACUCUCCUGCUCACGGAUCCAUAAUUUGCUCUGAUCCUCAUGGAGAGUUCAGUUUUGGUUCUCGUUGCACGACAAUGUGUGAUGAAGGUUUUAUCUUAAAUGGAACAGGUGACACCGAGUGCACGGCUAUGAGCAACUGGAGCACUGACAUCCCACAUUGCUUGGCUAAGAAAUGCCCCACACUGAACUCUCCUGCUCACGGAUCCAUAAUUUGCUCUGAUCCUCAUGGAGAGUUCAGUUUUGGUUCUCGUUGCACGACAACCUGUGAUGAGGGUUUUGUGCUGAAUGGGACUGCUGACACUGAGUGCACGGCUAUGAGCAACUGGAGCACAGACAUCCCACAUUGCUUGGCUAAGAAAUGCCCCACACUGAACUCUCCUGCUCACGGAUCCAUAAUUUGCUCUGAUCCUCAGGGAGAGUUCAGUUUUGGUUCUCGUUGCACGACAACGUGUGAUGAAGGAUUUGUGCUGAAUGGGACAGCUGACACCAAGUGCACGGCUAUGAGCAACUGGAGUACUGACAUACCUCAAUGUCUGGCCAGACGGUGUCCCACUCUGAACUCACCCUCUCAUGGGUCCUUAGUCUGCUCUAAUCCCCACAGAGAGUACAGUUUUGCUUCUGUGUGCACAUCAACAUGUGCAGAAGGUUUUGUGCUAAAUGGUACAGCUAUCACAGAGUGCACACCUCAAGGCAGGUGGAACAGAGCUGUUCCCCAUUGCUUAGCUGAAAGGUGUCCUAUUCUCACUCCUCCUUCUCAUGGGACUUUAGACUGCUCUCAUUCUCAUGGUGAGUUCAGUUUUGGCUCUAGGUGCACAUCAACCUGUGAGGACGGCUUUCUGCUAACUGGGAUUCCUGACACUGAAUGCACCUCUGCGGGCACAUGGAGCACAGAAAUACCAGGCUGUCAGGCACGCCAAUGCCCCCUGCUGGCCAAAUCACCACAGCAUGGGAGGAUGAACUGUAGCCAUCUGAACUCUCCUUUCAGUUAUGGCUCACAAUGUGACUUUAAAUGUAAUAAAGGUUUCUGGCUGAAAGGAACAUCUUCUAUGAUGUGCAACACCUCAGGUCACUGGAAUCAGGAUCCACCCACCUGCCAACCUGUACAGUGUAAGGCCAUCCGUGCCUUCUCCUCAGACCUGUCUAUGAAUUGCUCUCAUCCUCUGGGGAAUUUCAGCUUUAGCUCUGAAUGCGUUUUCAGCUGUAAAGAUGGAUUCACUCUCAAUGGCACAGCAGUGAUACUUUGCUCUGCCACUGGGAUCUGGAAUGGCAGCCUGCCCAGCUGUACAGGUAUGUCGAUAGGGACUGCCAUGUUGCUGUACACUGGCGCAGGGACGGGAAUUGCUGUUGUGAUACUUCUCCUGAUAGGACUGACUAUGCUGAUCAUGAAACAAUUUAAGAAAACAGGAAAUAUGAUCACUUCUGAUGUCCCGACAUGGGGUGAAAGAGAGAAUCCAGCAUUUGAGUUUUGACCUCUUGUUCCUUUUUUGAGAUGUGAUUUUACUUUUUGCUUGUUAUUAUUAUUAUUCUAAGAAGCUUGGCAGUUACUGCAUCUACUUGCUCGCGCUUAAGCAAUAGCAAUUCAUAUGACAGACUUCAUCCACGAUACAUAAAGUAUGUCUACAGCUGUUGCAUUAGGUCCUCCCUGAAAAUUUCCAAAA